AUGCCUUACACCCCGCCGUCGCAGCAAUCCCCUGCGUCGUCGAAACACAGCAGUCCUGCCAUCAGCCGCAGUUCAUCAUAUCACCAAGAUGAUCUCCCACGAUCUCCCGCAAGACCACAACCGCCGCGAUCUCUGUCCUCGGCUUCUUACCUGCACAAGCAUCGACGCACACCUUCGAUAACAAAGUCGGAUGGCGCGCCGCAGACCCCGACCAACGGCCAACAUUCCAAUGUCGAAUCCCACGAUUUUGCAGCAAUGGGCAGCUUGAGGCAGUCCCCACCACCCGUCAACAACCUUCGAAUCCCCACAGGCGCCGUCAUGUCACCUCCGGACUCGUCAGAGAACUCAGAUGGCGAUGAGACGUCGAACGCAGAGCGAGGUCGCGAGUUGGAGAAGAAUUGGCAUCAGUUGCAGCAGGCUGUGCGGUCCAUCAAUGUGCAAAGGGAAGGUUCGCCAGACAAAGUGGGCGUGCAGCUGCACUCCGCUUCCCUGCCUACAUCCGAGACGUCUUCGCCGACAGCAUUGUCUCACACAGCUCGCAAGAUUUCCCACUCGCGAUCUGCCACAGAAUCGAAGGUGAUGCUGCCGACAUUUGCAGAAUCGUCAUCGCACACCUCAGAUGAUAGCGACGAUGAAGGUGCAGUGUGCAAACCGGCUCUUGUACGGAAGAAGUCCGGUGAACUGGUCAAACCCGCAUUGCGGCCGUCGUCCAGGCGGCGUUAUUCGAGCAUGCCUGGCACGCCGACGUACUCCAAAUCGGUCCACUUUAACGAUAGCGAUAACCAGACCAGGCAUUUCCUGCAGGUUGACAAGCCAAUUGCCGUCAGUGCUGGCUCCUCCCCCGUCGAGACCUACGACAGCGAGGCCGAAUUCCCUUUCAAUGAGGAGGAACCCGCUACACCACCCGAACUUCAGAUCAAGCUCUCCAACUUCCCAGAGGAUACAUUUGAGCGAAGCAUGAAGCCUAUUCGGGUGGAGCGCAUCUUUCUCUCCUCAGACAAGACUACUCUUGUCGGUGUCUGUGCUGUCCAGAACAUCGCCUUCCACAAGCAGGUUGUUGCCCGCUUCACUCUUGAUUACUGGAAGACGACGUCUGAAGUGGUGGCUGAUUUCAACAACGAUCCUCGCAGCCCGCCAACCGACGGGUGUGAUCGUUUCAACUUCCAAAUUAAGCUUUCAGAUCAAGCCAACAUUGAGAACAAGACGUUGUUGCUCUGCGUCCGUUAUCACGUCGGUGGCAAGGAGUUCUGGGACAACAAUAAUAACACCAACUACCAGAUCGACUUUGCUCGUGCAGAACAACCCAAGAGGCAAUCCAAGAAGCAGUCUCAGAAUAGUCCUCUGGGUCAGCGUCCGCUCAAUGCCAUCCCUCGCAGCCGACACAAUGCAUCGUCAUCAGUGGCACCUCGUGCCAAGCCAGACACUCUUGACGAUGACUUUGCCACGCGCGUCGACACCUCAUCUGCAUAUUCGUUUGGUAAAGCCGAGAGCCUCCUCGGCGACCCGGCCGGCUCCAUCAAAUUAAAGCAGAAGCCCAAGAGAUCAUCUGCCUUCUUGGCUGCCACCCCGACCUCACCGACGAAUGGACUUGGCAGUCGCUAUGACUUUGGAUCAUCCCUCUCUGCUGCUCUGUCUAGUGCACAAACCACACUCGGCCGUCAAAGCGGCUUGGUCAGUGGUGCUUCCAAGCAAGGCGCGAAUGGUAGCUACUUUGGCCCGCUCGACAGGACUGAGCCGGCCAAAGCUGACGUGAAGACUACCGAACGGCCUGAUGCCAUCACCACCGACAGGCCUGCUAUGGGUUCCGACCAAUACAAGGAUCUCGUCCAGAAGUUCUGCUACGUAGGUUCCAACCCCCGAGCCAGCACAACCGCCCAGGUCUAG